AUGCAGCAGACCGAAAAUUCACUGGAUGUCGCCAUCGGCAUUCUCGCUAUGCAGGGUGCAUUCGCAGAGCAUCAGGUGAUGCUGCAGAAGCUCUCGCUGAAGAGACAUAUUGUCAUCGUGCUGGUGAGGACCUCUGAGGAUCUCGCAAGGUGUGAUGCACUCAUCAUUCCAGGUGGAGAGUCGACCACGAUUGCACUCCUUGCGCGGUUAGCUGGCCUUCUGGGCCCGCUGCGGGAGUUCGUGAAGAAGAAGCCGGUGUGGGGCACAUGCGCAGGUGCUAUCUUGCUUGCCCAGGCGGCGGAGGGGACGAAGAAGGGCGGUCAGGAGCUGCUGGGAGGCAUGUCUGUCACUGUGUGUAGAAAUGGCUGGGGAUCCCAGGUAGAGUCCUUUGAGGCACCACUAGAGGUGGAGAGUCUGCGCGAUCCUGAUCGGCCAUUCCAUGGCGUCUUCAUUCGCGCUCCCGUCGUCCUAUCACUCAAUCCGUCCCCAACCGACCCGCCCAUGCAGAUCAUCUCCCGCAUAUCUACCUCUCUACUACCGCACUCACAGACGAUCGUUCCUUCCGACGAGGACGACACUGACCCACGCGACCCGCGCACGAUCGUCGCACUUCGGCAGGGCCGCCAUCUCCUCACAAGCUUCCAUCCCGAGCUCACGAAAGACGACCGUUUCCAUGAGUACUUUGUACGGGAAUGCGUGCUGUCGUCCCUGUCAUAG